UACACCCAGCCCAUGAAACCUCUGAUCCAAUAAGCAGGCAGCCGGGCGCCAGGGCCAGGCUGCAGGCAGCAUUUCUUUCAAGCGGUGGAAUAGCGCCCAAAACAACUGCCAUGGUAUUUUCUCGUGAUCGAGGAUAUCUGUCUUCUCACUGCGUCACUGAUCGUGAAAAGAUGAUUGUUGAGUUCCAUAAUUCUAAGGUACAAACUUUAGUUUCUUAACCUGACAGGUGUUCCUAUAAAGUGAUUAGAGGGUAUGAAAUUCUUUGCUUGCAGUUCCUGUUACUUGAACAAGAAAAUCACAAAUCCAAAGGAGAUGUUUAAAAUUUUGGACAGUUCUACUAAAGAGAAGUACGCAAUUGUGAUAAUUGCAGAGGAUAUUGAGCGGGAAGCUCUUGCUCCAUUGAAACUCAAGGGUGUGCUGAAGGCAGCUGCUAUUAAGACCGCUGCCUUUGGUGAGCGCAAGAGCCACUGCUUGGACGAUAUUGCUAUCUUGACUGUAGAACACAAAAGAAAAUUUUCAAAAGGAGAUACUCAAUGACAGAAUUGUUGGGAAAAACAACACCCACGCGCAGCAACCACACACAAAAUAGCAACCUCAAAUCAAGAAUAAGAACACACAAAUA